AUGGCGAAGGCGUCCAUGCGGUUAAUUUUACCUUGCCCACUGAAACUAAUAUAAAUGAUGACCCAUCCUUAGUGCACUUAACGAAAGCAGUAGAAGCUGGAUUUAGUCUAGAAAUAUUGAAGAGAAACUCAAUGUUAAAAUAAGUGAUGUUCUUGACGAUCUGAACGAACUAAAGGCCCGGUCUGAGCCUGUCUCCGAGCGAUUAGUCAAUGCAUUGCUUGAAGAGAAUACUAAACUUAAGAAAGAUAAAGAUGUACUAUCUGAGAGACUCAAUAAUUCGUUGCUUGUUAUAUCGGAUCUUAACACCCGUAUUAAGGACAUUGAAAACGAGAAAUUUAGUUUGAUUACAGCUAUUAGACUUAUUCAAUGCGCAGACAAAAGUCAUGUUGACUCAGCGGUAACGGCAGCGGAGCAGUUGAAGUCUGAUGACACUAACGUAUUUAAUCAACAUGAUUUAUCUCAUAAUUUAAGUAUGAAUGAUGUCGAAGAGUCGAUUCGG